CCCCAGGGUCCUACUGAGAACGUCGCGCGAUGCAUUAUAAGUCGCUUUACCCCCCGCUCCCAGCGUUCGAGGACCAGAACGUGCACGACUUCAUCUUUAGCGCGCCUGCGCAGAAGGAGCAGCCGGACGACAAGGACCUGCUCAUAGACCCCCUCGCGCUCAAGAAAUGGACGAAGGGCCAGUUCCGGGAGCGGGUGUACGACUGCACGACCGCGCUGGUGACGCCUGCGAUGGAGGGAGGGCUGGGGCUUGCGCCAGAGGGAGAAAUGGUCGCAAUUAUGAGCACGAACUGCCUGGAAUACAUCACCUUAGUUCACUCGCUCCUCCGGGCGGCGAUCCCAUUCGCGCUCAUCCCCGCGUCCUCCACCGCGUUCGAGCUGCAGCACCUCUUCCGCACCUCGGAGGCCACGCGUCUUUUCGUCCAUCCCAGUCUGCUGCCGCAAGCACUAGAGGUUUCGCAGCAAGUAGGAAUCCCAGAGGACCGCAUAUACAUCCUAGAGGGGCGUGUAGAAGGGCGGAAGAAUCUUUCAGGGUCGAUAGCCGAGGUGCGCAAGCGUCAGGUUCCGCGGGUACCGAGUAGGCCGGUUACGAGAGAUACCCUGGCGUAUCUCGUCUUCUCGAGCGGCACUAGUGGGCUUCCUAAAGCUGUGAUGAUCUCACAGCGGAAUGUGCUCGCUUCCUUGAUACAAGUCGCAGUAGCAGGCGGUAUCGAGCCCCCGAACCCUAUUCUCGAGAAAAUCCAACCUGUCAGUCUCGGUUUCCUGCCGAUUUACCACACGUACGGGCUGCACUAUGUGGCAAUUCGGCCUGUGUGGAUGGUGCUCCCGACAGUCGUCAUGCCGAAGUGGAACGUGGACACCGUCCUCGAACUCAUCCCGAAGUAUCGAGUAUCGGUGCUGAGUCUCACUCCGCCCGCGAUGCUACAGCUUGUGAACCACCGGCGGAUUCGGGAGACGGACCUUAGCUCCGUGGUGCUCACGGGAAGUGGUGCGGCGCACCUACCACCCAAAUUGGCUAGGACUUUCCACAGCAUGCUCAAGAACGCGGAGAACGUUGGGGAGGGAUACGGGAUGUCAGAAAUGACGAUAUCCGGGACGCGCACCGCGCCCUCAACGUUUGGUGGCCCCAAACCCGGGAGCUCCGGGAUACUGCUGCCAGGCACCGAGGCGAAGAUUGUCAGGGACGACGGUACGCUCGCCGGACCAAACGAGCCCGGUGAGCUCUGGCUCCGGGGAGAUAACGUCGCCCUAGGGUACUGGCGGAACGAGAAGGCGACGAAGGAGACGUUCGUUGACGGCUGGGUGCACACUGGAGACCGCUUCCGGGUGGACUCUGACCAGCACUUCUUCUUCGUCGAGCGGACGAAAGACAUUCUCAAAGUGUCGGGCGCGCAGGUCUCCCCGACAGAGAUCGAGAACGUGCUUCUCGCGCAGCCAGAGAAGCUCAUCUUAGAUGUCACCGUUGCCGGCGUGUCGGGCGGCCGUACCUCAGACGAGAAGGUUCCCCGCGCGUGGAUCGUCCUGAGUGACGAGGGGAAGCAAAGAGGAGCCGAGGCGGUUGUACAGGCGCUACACACCUGGAUCCAGAAGAACCUGAGCAAGUACAAGUGGCUACGAGGGGGCAUUGAGGUGGUCGAGGAGAUUCCGAAGAACCCUACCGGCAAGGUGUUGCGCCGUGUCCUACAGGAUCGCUACGAGCAGCAGCAGGCGGGCAAGGAACGCGCCAAGCUAUAACGUUGUUUCAUGGCUUUUGGGUGUAUUGCUUUCCUUAGUGGGACAAUUUCCCCUCCAGCUCUCUCCAAGAUGUAUCCCUAUGUUUAUCUUGCUAGCAUUAUACAUGUGUAUAUCACGUCGCCGUUCAACCGUCGUCUGCGAACGCCUGUACAAUAUAAGUCACGGGUAGCCCGGGCACACGCGGCAGGCUGUUGGCACUCCUCAAUCCUCGCAAGUGGUUACUGCUACGAUGCUGGUCUGAGAUGCCGUGUUCCUGGAUCUUUCACGCUGACCGGGCCCCAACUAAUAUCUCUAGUAGCUUCUCAAUCCUCUCCAUCUGCGCCGAAAGCGCAGCGAGCUUCCCUUCGACGACCAUAAACCGCUGCUCCGAGUUCCGCGCCGCAUCCCCUUCGCUGUCCGUGUUAACCUUCUUCUUACAGUGCACAAGGCCGUGAGUGGCCUUGUGGUCUCCGACCUCGACUCCACCUUUCUCAUCGCAUUCUUGGCAGACGAAAACGUUCGACUCAGCGGGACAGUCGAUGCAGUACCAGCACGAGUAGGACACCGUGGCGGAACACGAGAUGCAGGACAACUUCUUCUCCGGCUCCGCCGCUGAUUCGGAGUCCGACUCGCCGGAGGUGAGCGCGCCCUCCCAACCUGGUUUCGUCGUCUUCGCCUCCGCAGCCUUCUCUCCUGCCUCAGGCUCGGCGGCCUCCGCGGCUUGCGCCCGAGCAGCCUUGCUGAGAAGCUUCCUCGCGCGCUCGAGGCCCGCAUCCGACAAGCGGAGGAUCUUGCCAAUUUCGCGCUCUUGAUGGAACGGUCUUCGCACUUUGACAAAGUCGUGGGUGGGCAGAUGGGGCUCGGUGAGGUCGUUGCGUGUCAUGACAGCUGCUCUGCAGUUUGGCUUGUCACAAAAGUCGAGUGUCGAUGGUGUGCCGCACUUCAGACACAUCAAGCGCGCACCAUAGAUGUGCUCGCCGCAGGCAUCACAGUUGGCGAAAUGCGAAGGAAUAGACCGUUGCCUGUAGUCCGUGAGGACGUAGAAGGAGCGCACUUCCUCGCAAGUCGCCGUGCGGUUCAAGACGGCGAGGCGGUCCAGGUCAUCGUCCGUGGACACGUUGUCGAUCUCGCGCGCCACAAGACGGAGAUACUCAUGCCUGAUAUCGCGUCGCUCCUUGAGAUACGACCACGAGAACAACUUCCUCCGCACUUCGUUGUGAACCGCCGUCAGAGCGUACUUCCACAGGGCGCGGAUCUUGUUCUCCUCGAAUUCCGCAGGCGGCGGUCGGGCAAUGAGAGUCUCUGCGGGGACGCGCUUGAACAGGAAGUGAUACGGCUUCUCGUCGUCAUUGUAUCCCCAGUUGCCGGCCAACGUGUUACCGUCCUCGGCGAGCGUACCCGUGAAGUACGUCUUGCUGAGACAUGCUGCAUAUGUCCUGCUGAAAUUGUAUUCAAUCGACCCAUCCUCCUUCUUGGUAUACCCGCCAAGGAUGGUGAAUGCGGUUCCGUGCGCGGCGGUGUCACUUGCCUCGUAUGACGCACUGUCCGCAGAUGCGUGGAAACAGAAUGUCACCAUCGCGGUGGUGGGCCAACGUUUCGCGCCCAUGAGCCCGGUCCAUCUUCCCAGAAUCAUCCUAACAUCGUCGUCCGCUCGCGUGUCAUUCUCGGUCACAAUCUCCUCGACGUCGUUGUAGAGGCUGUC